UAUAUAUGAAGUGAUCAGAAUCUGAUGGUGCCAUUUUUGCCUUGAGUUGGACUUUCUGUUUGGGAUUCAGAACUGCAUCAGUUCACCUGUGCUGUAGCAUGUGGCUGGAGUGAAGUUUAAUUGGGCACUGGAUGUUGUGAGCUGCACCAGGUGAUCCCAGAGGCUACCUGCAUUGAGGCCUUUGGGGCCAGGUUCUGUAUUUGGAUAAGGGACGUACCUCAGAUUUUGGCAGUGAUAUGAGCUCACGUGGCUUAUUUGCAAUUGAAAUGUGCCUUGCUGUCUUCAGGAUAGCCUUUGAUCUGGAGCCACAGAUGAGGCUAGAUUGCUUUGUUCAUCCCCUCUCGAUUUUCAGGAAGUGCACGCGCAAAUAUGGGCCCUGUUCUGUGUUUGUGUUGUAGUACCUGCUUUGUUCCUCUCCCUCCCUCCCUCUGUCUCUCUCUUUCUCUUCCUUCUCUCUGUCCCUCUGGCUCACACAGAACAGGGCGCUAUUGUUCGGUAUAGGCAGGCAGGCAGAGCGCGCUUUCCGUUGGAAUUCUACGCCGGUGGGAGCUGAUAGGGCCGGUAGGGUGCCUUGGCGACGUGUCUGGGAUUCUUUUCAGACGUUUGAAACCGCACGGGUGUGAGGAGGAAGCAGCAGUGCGCUGCCUGUACCUGUGCAGGAGAGGAACGGUGCUGUGAAAGAUUUAUCCUGCAAAAUCCCCAUUGGGCCCACUGUUCUGUGUGACUCAUGGCCACAGCCACCCAGACUCUGCCUUUGUCCUGCACUCCCAGCCGGCGUUUCAGAGACCCCUACCCCGCCCAGCCCCCGCCUCUCCUUUCCCACUGCACCAUGGGAAGUGUAGGCAGUCUGGUGGAGAGGCCGGAGGUGAGCCCGGAGCGGCUGAAGAGCGGGCGGGCGGGGCCGCAGGCGAGCGCGCGGCAGCAGGACGGCCCGCUGAGGAAGGGCUUCACUCAGCGCGAGCUGCUCAACUACCUGAACAUCGCCAAGAAGGAGCAGAAGCCCAGCGGGAAGCACAUCAUCUCCUCCAUCUCCUCCAUCAAGAGGGAGCACGGCCGCGAGGAGGAGAACGUCUACAGCAAGGUCUACCACAAGGACGCCCGCGAGCUCGACCUGGGAAAGAACUCCUUGCCCAUCGGGGGCAAGUACGAGAAGUCUCGUUUCAGGCCUUCCGCCUUCAAGCCAGUCACCCCUAAGACCUUCAGCUCGGUGCAGAACCUCUACCCUUCCAAAAGUGAGGAUCUGGACUCGGGUCUGUCCAACGGGCUGCAGGUGACCUUCGCCAAGGUGGCCUCCGCGGGGGUCUCCACCUCCUCCUCCUCCUCCUCGCCCUCGCGCCACGCCGCGGGGGGCGUGGCCAAAGCCCCGUUGGCAGCGGCGAGGGGGCUGAGCCAGGAGGAGGAGAGCAUGUCGGACUCGGGGCACAACUCCAUGAACAGCCUGCCCCCGUACCGGCCCCCCUUCCGCCCCCACCUGGGCCAGAUCAGCGCCUCCAUGGGCCACAUCGACCACAUCGGCUCCCUGGACCGCGCCUCCGCCUCCACCGCCACCGAGGGCUCCUGCCCCGGCGGCAUGCCGGCGCUGGGCCGCCUGCGGGUGUACGGCAGCGAGGCCCCGCCCCCUUACGAGCUGUCGCAGUCGCUGGAGGACGUGGUGCGGGACCUGGAGGACCGGCUCCUGGAGAAGGAGCACGAGCUGAAGCAGAUGAGGAGGAACCUGGACGAGAGCGAGGGAGCCAUCGCACAGGUGUUUGAGGGGAAGCAGAGGCUGUGGGAGAAGGAGGUGGAGGAGCUGAGGAGGUUGUACGCGGCCAAGCUGCGCCAGGUAUCCCAGCAUGCCCAGCGGUCGACGCGCUCGCUGCAGCUGCAGCUGUACAAGGUCCAGCAGGAGCGCCGCCGUCUCCAGGACGACCUGGAGGCCCUGCAGAACCGUACCCCCGGAGGCCACCCACAGGAGCCGCACCCACAACUGGAGGAGACGCAGUGGGAGGUGUGCCAGAAGUCAGGCGAGAUCUCCCUGCUGAAGCAGCAGGUGCGGGACGCCCAGGCCGAGGUGGCCCAGAAGCUGAGUGAGAUCUUCCACCUGAAGACCCAGCUGCGCGAGGCCCGGGGCGAGGGGCGGGCCAAGGACGCUCAGAUCCAGCUGCUGCAGCAGGCCCUGCAGGGGGAGGGGCCGGGGGGUGGGGCCGAGGCCAGGGGGACGGGGCCCGGGGGCGGGGCUGAGGAGCGCCUGAGGGCGGAGCUGCUGCUGGAGCGGCGGCAGAGCGAGGCGCAGGCCUCCGCCUUCGAGGCAGAGCGACGCACCUGGCAGGCGGAGAAGGACAAGGUCAUCAGCUACCAGAAGGAGCUGCAGGCCAGCUACCUGGAUAUGUUCCACAGGAACCAGGCCCUGGAGAGGGAGCUGGCCGAGCUGAGGGGCGGGGCCGAGGGCGGGGGAGGAGGCGGGGCCGGGGACGGGGAGGCGGAGGGAGGAGACAGACUGCCCCCAGGCCUGCCCUGGAUUGAGAGGAUCGAGUCGUCCGAAAUCUGAUUGUGACCUCACAAGGCAUACCAGAGCCAACCAAUCAGGACAUAAGGCUACUGUAUUCAUUUGUAUCCCCCAUCUCAUGAAGAGACUACCCCCAUUGAUGUCUGCAGCCUUUUUUAGUUGAAUAAUGAAUGCAGGACACUGUUGGUGUGGCUCUGUGCAUGAAGGUUUGUCCUGGAGGCACAUGCACAGUGCAGUGCACAGAACACAUGGAAACUGGUGUCCACAGGUAUGAACGGGAGGAGAUGCACGGGGGAUGAAGAUGAAUUUGGGCGAGUGAAUGACCCCGCUCACUCUCUGGCUGGGCUCUCCAGUGAUUCCUCUAACGAGCUGCCCAGCAGCAUUAAUCAUCCGUUUUUAUUUUAUGUUCUGAAGAUUUUAAAAAAUAAGCAAGGAGAAAUGUAAUUUUAAGCUAGCCUUAGUUAUGUAAGUAAGGGCUGUAUGAUGUUCUUGUUAUUUUGAUCUGUGAUUCACACAUUUGAGACUCUCCCGAGGAACCCUCUGAAGCUCGUAUUUACUGGGAUUUUUUUCGGCCUAUUAGAUCCGAGUGAAAUGUGUUUAGCGGUGUUGCUUUAUUAAAUAAUAUCUGGAUGUUGUUCAUGUUGUGUACCUGUGAAGCUCAGGCUCCAGAUAAUGCCACUGCUGGUCUGUAAGAAACUGCUGUGUGCUUCAGCUUUAAAUUCUAAAAAUACCUGCACCCUCUCACUCCUCUGCUCUCACCCUCUCAUACCUCACCCUGUCACACCUGUUUCCUCUCAUACCUCACCCUGUCAUGUCUCUUUUAGAGGGAGCAUGUAGGGGAUAUUGAGGCGACAUGUGGAGGGAUUGUAGAGUGAUUCUGUAACGGUUAUGCAGGGAGGGUAUAGUGAUUGAGUGAUGCAGGGAAGGUGUAGUGAGUGAGUGAUGCAGGGAGGGUGGAGGGUGUAGUGAGUGAGUGAUGCAGGGAGGGUGUAGUGAACGAGAGAUGCAGGGAGUGUGUAGGGUGUACUGGGGGGACACAGGGAGUGCAUAGGGCACAGUAAAGGGCACACGGGGAAAGCGUAGAGCUUGGUGAUGGUGGCACAAGUAGGGCAUAGUGAGGGCACAAAGCGUGGGCAUCAGAGUGGCACAUAGGUAGAAAGCAUCGACCCAGGCUGCUUAAUGUCCUGAUUGACCCUGCAGCCCGUAGAGUAAUUAUACUGUGACUACUGAAAACAAUCCUACAAGUGUAUCAUAUGUUCAUUAAUCCAAUAUUUCGAUUGAUAAGUAUUUAUACAUUUGUGUACAGGAAACGGAUUUAUUCCUUUCGUUUCUGCCUUUAUUUGAAUAUUAUUAUUUUUUAUACGUGUGUUUUGGGGUUAAAUUUUCCGCAGGUUUUCCGGAUGGGGAACUUCUGCAAAGGGAGUUUUUCUUCUGUUGGAUUCGGUGUCUUUAGCAGCCUCUUUCUCCUUUUCGUUGCUCCCGUUGUGAAAUGGCCCCUCAUUAAUAAUUGAAGGUAUUUGGUGUGGAAUGCACUUUGCAUAUGCUCUGUAGAUCUCUACACAAUCAUACACACACACACACACACACACACACACACGCACACACACCGACCCACACACACACACACACACACUCACUCACAAACACAUUAGCAUCUGUAAAGGAGCCUUUUCCCUGAUCCACUUUCCUGGGGGGCGGAGCUGUUCUGUCUACGGGCCGUGAAGGAGCUGAACGACACAGAGGACACUCUCGAACCUGGAACUCGUACCAAAAACGACCCUUUGUCAGCCUCGGGGCGGGGGGCCUGACCGCAUACGGUGGCUGCGGCCGGAGUGGGUGGCGUUCGCCCUCUUCAGUGGAGGCGGAAGGGCGGACGAACGAAUUAACAAAAUGAACGAGUGAGUAAACGAAUGCAUGGCCAGGCUACCGCAAGGUAUUUACGCUGAACUGAAAGCCACUUCUUCCUGGACCUGGACUCCAUUCUUUGGUCGCAUGUAUGAACACGAAACCGCGCUAUUGUGACAAUCUACAAAGAAAUAAAUUAACCGACAAAACAAGCUUA